AUGAUGUCGCGAAGCCAGUCGAGUCUGGGGUAUUUGGACGCAGGGCGGGAGGAUUCUGCGCCGGGGGCCUCUCCGUCUCUGAACCAGCAGUCUGCCUCUGGGCCCAUCAACCUCUCAGGCCUAGUGUGCAACGUUCGACGAACCACCGGCAAAGAGCCGCAUCCCCUCGUCGGUGCCACCACAACUAUAUUGGGGGAUAAGCUAUACGUAUUCGGAGGCCGGAUCCUCUCGCGCAGCCGCCCUCAGUUGACCUCGGACUUGUACGAACUCGAUCUGAUUCGACGACAUUGGACGAAGAUCGAGCCCGCUGGAGAUGUUCCGCCGCCGCGGUACUUCCAUAGUAUGUGUGCUCUGGGGGAUAACAAGUUGGUCUGCUAUGGAGGCAUGUCGCCCGCUCCGAGUACGCCGAACGACCCCGAGGACCCCGCGGAACCACAGGCGCAGUCGCAAUCGGAAGUAGUGGUCAUGUCAGACAUUCACAUAUUCGAUGUACCGUCGCGGACAUGGACCCGUGUUGCUGCGCAUGAAUCUCCCCAGGGGCGAUAUGCACACUGUGCCACGAUAUUGCCGUCGAGUGCAUGCUUUACCUCUGCAAGUGCACCUUUGUCCGCCAUCCACCACAACCCCCAGUCGUCCGCCCAUCAGGGGUCACUCGGGGUGGAUAUCGACGGGUUCGGAGGUGCAGAGAUGGUAGUAGUUGGAGGCCAGGACAGCUCCAAUCACUACAUCGAACAGAUUAGUGUUUUCAACCUGCGGAGUCUCAAAUGGACUAACACUAGCCCCUUGGGAAGGAGCUGUGGCGCUUACCGCAGUGUCGUGGCCCCCCUAGUGGGAAUGGACGUAUCCGAAAUCGGAUCAUCGGCUCCAGAUCGCGAAUUACACGACCCGAUCCAGGGCAACACUGAGUCUCCAGGCUGCCCUAUGCUCAUUUAUUCUAAUUACAAUUUCCUUGACGUCAAGCUGGAGCUGCAGGUGCGCUUGCCGGACGGGCGUCUUGUCGAACGACCGAUGCAGAGCCAAGCUUCCCCUCCGGGACUGCGUUUCCCGAACGGUGGUAUCAUCAAUGGCCACUUCGUUGUUAGUGGCACCUACUUGACUUCAUCGAAGCAAGAAUAUGCACUGUGGGCUCUCGACCUGAAGACGUUGACUUGGGGCCGUAUUGAUGCUGGAGGAUCCGUAUUCGGGCAAGGUAGUUGGAACCGAGGAGUGCUUUGGCCUCGUCGCAAUUCCUUCGUGAUUCUUGGACAUCGGAAGCGAAGUCUCGUCGAUGAUUAUAACCAUCGGCGAAUCAACUUCUCGCAUGUUUGUUUGGUCGAGCUGGAGGCAUUUGGACUUUACAACAAUCCCUGUCGCACUUCCCCAACCUCAGGGUACAAGUCGUACAGUUCUUCCUCUGUCCCAGCAUCUCUGCAGAAGAAGCUGGUGCAGUUGACUUCAGGUGGACGGCCUUUAUCUGCCGUAUCCGAUGAGCUUGGCAAGCUCGCACAAUCCUUACCAGAGAUGGCCGACAUGGAAUUGCAGGCCAUGGGUGGAGAGCGCAUAUCUGUCAACUCCCGAAUCUUGACUCGGCGAUGGGGCCCUUACUUUAUCCAACUCCUUCGUGAGUCUUCAGAAGGAGGUAUUGCAGACACUGCAACCCUUCGUCCAGCCCAGAUGCACCCGAGCCGCAACUCGAGUAUUACCAUCACCCCGUCGGUGGGCCAGAACAGUACCUAUUCCGAUGCGACAACUCUCGUCAAUCAACCCGUACCUUCGAAAUCCCUGCUCGAGAAUCUCGAAACGCCGUCGGCCCACAGCCUCGCCCCCACCGCACGACCGCGUGUGCUAUACCUCCCUCAUACGAUUUUGACUCUUCAAGUACUUGUGCAAUACCUCUACACCUCAGCGCUCCCAUCUCCCGGCAGCUCGCUAUGCACACCACAAAUCCUCUGCUCGCUUCUGCAGCUUGCACGCCCGUACCAGAUCGACGGAUUACUAGAAGCAACCGUCGAGAGACUCCAUCAGGUCCUCGACGGGCGCAACGCGGCUGCUGUAUUCAACGCAGCCGCUAUGGCUGCAGGAGGUGGCCGUGGUACCGGAUUCACUGGUGGACCAGGGGGUACCCUCGCAGCGCUUAACGGAGCUCAUACCGACAACAACGGCACUGCCCCCACAAUCGACGAGAACAGCAACUCGCAACACGAUGCCUCAAACUCGUCCGAUACAGAGCAUGGCGGUACCUCUAUGUCAGCUACCAGCAGCACGAGCGAUCUCACCAAUCUCGCUCGAGGCCUCCCAUCCCUCCGCAUCGACACAAACGUCUCACAUCAUUCCCGGCAGCACAGUGCCAACCGCGAUCGUGGAGAUUCCGUCAGCAACGCGAGCACCGCAACGUCCGCCUCCAGCGCCAGUUUCAACCAGUCCGACUCCGAAUGGGUCAGCGGCGACGAAAGUCGCUCGCAAUCUCGCGCUACCCGUGGCCGCCGUGGCACCGAUUCUGAGCUGCGGCGCCCACAGCGUGAGCUCUGGACUGGAGAUCUGAGCAGCGUUAUCGGUCUUCAGAAGCGUGGCCUGCGUGGUCUCAUGGAAGGCCGUCGUAUGCGCGAGCGUAGCUCGAAGCCUGCUGGCACUGGAAGUGGCUCGAUCUCCAUGCCGCCUUCGGCUGGUUCGGGCGAUCACGCAGUCUCUUCCCAGGGUGUUGCAGCCUGA